AUGGUGGGAAACGUGCUGGACGACAUCUCGCACCGGAGGUACAAUCCUCUCCGCGGCUCGUAUAUUCUCGUCUCUCCUCACCGGACCAAGAGGCCAUGGCAAGGACAGCAGGAGUCGCCAUCUAAGACCACCUUGCCAGAAUACGACCCGGCCUGUUAUCUCUGUCCCGGUAAUACUCGUGCGCAGGGUGACGCCAACCCGCACUACAAAAACACCUUUGUCUUCGUCAAUGACUAUAGCGCUGUCAAGGAGGAGCAGGCCGAGUAUAAGCCUGAGGAGAAGGGCGCCGAAUCGUUUUUUCUCCGCGCCGAGCCGGUCGUUGGAAAAUGCUACGUAUUGACCUUUUCGGCAGCCCACAACCAGACUCUCGCCGACCUGUCGCCUAUCGAGAUUGUUCCCGUCAUUGAUGCAUGGACAGAUAUCUAUGCUUCUCAUUUGUCACCGAAGAGCCCUCUGGCCACGGUCGCCCCAGUGACGCAUCUCCCCCCUGAUGCGCCGAACGCUUCUCUCACCAAGCCACAGUCGCAGUACCGAUACAUGCAAAUCUUUGAGAACAAGGGUGCUGCAAUGGGCUGCUCUAAUCCGCACCCACACGGUCAAGUCUGGACGACGAGCAGUCUGCCGGAAGAGCCCGCAAUCGAACUUACUCAACUCCAGAAAUACCGAGCAGAGCACGGCGGCAACCACCUGCUCGGAGACUACGUUGCACUCGAGCUGCAGAAGCAAGAGCGCAUUGUAUUUGAAAACGACGGCUUCGUUGUGGUUUGUCCAUGGUGGGCGACCUGGCCAUUCGAGACUAUGAUCAUUAGCAAGACACACAAGCGUGCACUAGUCGAUCUGAACGGCGACGACAAGGGUCAGCUUGCCGAGGCAAUUGCCGAGAUCACGCGGCGAUACGACAAUUUGUUCGAAACGCACUUCCCGUACAGUAUGGGCAUUCACCAGGCACCGCUCGAAGGUACUGACGAGGAAAUUGAGUCUUCGUGGCUGCAUUUGCAUUUCUACCCGCCUUUGCUGCGGAGUGCAACCGUUCGCAAGUUCCUAGUUGGUUACGAGAUGAUGGCCGAGCCUCAGCGUGACAUUACCCCGGAACAAGCCACCACUAGGCUGCGAAGCUGUGGCGGCGAGCUGUACAGGAAACAGCUGGCGUAG